AUGAGUGCUAAGAAGAAAAGAUUGCUCCAGCGAUAUCUAGAGAAAAAAGCGCAGCAGAAGCAAAGAGAUGUUUUAUUAGAACGAGUGCGUGAGUUACAGGCUGAGAGACCGGCUGAUGCUCAGUCUUUCAGUACGAUUAGUCGGCGGGUUAGUCAGACUAAAAAAUUGCGUCCCAAAAAGGAAAUACCCAAAGAGGAAAAAGAAAAAUUACCCAAAAAGGAAAAAAUUAACCAGGGUCAAAUUGGGGUAGGUUUAGGUGAGGUCGAGUUGGGUGGUGUUAAGUUGAGUGGUGUUAAGUUGAGUGGAGAUAGUAGUGGUAAGGUAGGUUUAGCAUUGGGUUGUGUAGAUGGGGUAGAUAAGAUUAAUAACAUUAAUAACAUUAGUUUAAGUGAUGGUUUAGAUAGUGUUAGUUUAGACAAUACCUCAUUGGGUAAGACUGGGUUGGUAGAUAGUGAUAUUAGUAUUGGGUUAGCAGUAGAUAGCUUACCAGUAGACAACAUACUAGCAGAUACCACACCAACUCAACCUAACACACCAGCAGAUAACACCACACCAUCUCUACUUAACCCAAACACAAACCCACCUCUACUUAACUCAAACACAACUCAACUUGAUACUAAUCUCUAUAAGCCAGAACGUAUUAAGACUGAAAAGUCUCUGGCUAGAACUAGAUCUAAUUUAAUCGGAACUUUGCCUAUCACUUAUCUGGAAGAUGAUAUUGUAAGUGCGAUUAAAGAACAUUCUAUUACUAUACUGACUGGUGGGACGGGUUCUGGUAAGUCUACUCAGGUACCUCAGUUUCUUUAUGAGAAUGGGUUUAGUGGACUCGGUAAGAUUUGCUUGACUCAGCCCCGACGAGUUUCAGCUCUAGCAGUUGCCCAGCGGAUUGCUCAGGAACAGAAACAAGCCUUAGGAACAGUUUGUGGGUAUAAGAUGCGUCAAGAUAGUUUGUGUUCGGCUGAAACAGAGAUAGUAGUAGUGACUGAAGGUGUACUAGUGCAAGAAUUAGCAGAAGAUCCUUUACUAAGUAAGUACUCAGUAGUGAUUUUAGAUGAAGUACAUGAGAGAUCUUUACAUUCUGAUGCUUUAUUCCUGAUCUUAGCUAAGGUUGUCCGGAAGAGAGGAUUAAGACUAGUCUUAAUGAGUGCCGGUAUAACUCCUGAGUAUGUGCAGGCAGUAGAGGAUUUAGCCCAAGUAAAAGUAGCUCAGAUAGGAAUUGAGCCUUUAAAGCAUGAAAUAGAAGUGCACUACUUGCCAGCUAAGGAGUACAAUCCUUUACAGGAGAUUCAGAAUAGAGUCUUUCGUUUAGUAGCUGAACAAAGUGAGUCUGUUUUAGUCUUUGUAGCUACUAUUGCGGAAACAGUCUUUUUAGCCCAAUCUUUUGCUAGAUUAGAUAGGCCUGUCUUUACUUUGCAUUCAAAAACACCUCCUAAAGAACAGGCAGCUAUCUUAUCUUCUAGUGGUGCUUUAAUUAUUGCUACUAAUGCGGCGGAAACCUCUUUGACUUUGCCUGAUGUUAAGUAUGUAGUUGAUGGUGGCCGGGAGAUAGAGAAGACUUUUUGUUAUGAUUUAGGUGUUUAUACUUAUCAGGAAGUUCUUAUCUCUCGUUCAUCAGCUGCUCAACGCCAGGGUAGAACCGGAAGAACAGGACCUGGUGUUUGCUAUCGUAUUUAUACGGCAGCAGAGUAUAAUAGUAUGCGUACGGCUCGGGAUCCAGCUGUUCGUCGUGAACGUAUUCUUCCUUUAGUUAGUUUGUUAUUACGUACGGGUGUUCAUCCUGAUAAGAUCAAAAGAGUACCUUAUCUUACUUCUCCUUUACCACAAGCUAUUACGAGUGAGUUAAGUAUGCUUAAACGUCUUCAUAUUAUUCAAGACCGAUUGACUGAAUUUGGCCGGCAAGUUCUAACUACUAGUUUAGACCCUCUUUUAGCGGCAGUAGUAGUUAGAGCGGCUCAUGAAUCACCCCAAGAUUUAGCUGCUCUUCUUUCACUAGCCGUGCGUAUGGAAGUACCUCUGCCCACCUACUCCUCUACUUCAGCCAUUCCCAUCAAUCCUAUUCUUACUCCUAGUCAGCUCAAUCUUACUCCCACUAAAACCAAUCCAGCCCCACUCCAUUCUAACCCAAUCCUAACUCAAUCAUUUACUCGUGCUCUUCAUUCUCUCCAACGCGCCGGAGUUCCUCUUCCUAAUCCCCAUCCUCUCUUCCCAACUACUCUAACUCCUGAACAAUUACAAGUAGCCACUACCUUCUUUGCCUGGGCCUUUGCUGAAUCACUUAUCAUCUACCAUAAUGGCCGGUACUUCCGUAACUCCAAAGAAAUCCUAAUUGACUCACCACUUCCCUACCUCCGUACAUUGCAAACCACCUACUCCCAACCACUACCUUUCUAUGCCAAAUCCACCACCCAAACCAAAUCCUCCACCAACCACCACUCCCUUACCAAGUAUACCCUCGAAUGGACCAUUAUUCCCCACCCCCCAACUAGUACAUCUACAACUAGCACAUCCUCCAACUAA